ACAGCUUCAGCGACGAGGCGUUUAGUUAGAGAAUAUUUCAGCAGCAGAUACGCAACCGAUUCACAGCACAGAGACGAAUAAAAUCUCAUUAUGUGGAAAACUAGUCUCGCAAUCCUUAUAGCCUUGAUGGCUGUACAGUACACCAGCGCCGACUGCAACGUCUGCAGUGAAAACAGUGGAGCAGCUUGCAUUACCAACACCACUUUUAACCUCUGCUUUGGGGGUGUGGCACAGUCAGAGGUGUAUUCUUGCGCCAACGAGGAUGAGGUGUGCACCACGCUGGGCAAAAUUUGUGCAGAUCCCGCCAGUACCUCGGCCGUUCAGGCAGAUUGCGGCAAUACGGAACAAUGUGGGGCGUGCACUGAUGUCACAGAUGGCGCUUAUUCUUGCACUAGCCACAACACAUUUGUUAUGUGCAUGUCGGGCGAAACAACAAAUGUGGAGGGCACUUGCUCCGAUAACCAAGUUUGUCUCACUUCCAGAGCCAAUCAAGGCAUUAGUCCUUGCGUAAAUGAUUGUUUGAAAAACCUGAAGGACAUGUGUGACAUUGAUAAUUCCACCGAUACAACAACGGAUAGUUCAACGUCAAGUUCAUCGUCAAGUUCAUCGUCAAGUUCAUCGUCAAGUUCAUCGUCAAGUUCAUCGUCAAGUUCAACGUCAAGUACAGACACAACAGAAACGACUACUAGUUCCAGCACCAGUACGACUAAAAGUGUGGAGGAUACUGUGUGCGCGGAUCAGGUUCAAGUGGGACGUUACGCGUAUCCAAAUGACACGACGUGCACUAAUUACGUUUACUGUAUCACCGAUACGGCGACUGGUAGCUUGGUUGGUCGUGCGAGGUCUUGCCCCAGUGGAAGAUACUUCAAUUCGAGUAUAAGCAAUUGUCAAUCCAAAAAGCCAACUGGUUGCGUUUAAAUCGAUAUAUGUUUGUAUAGAUUUUAUUAAUUCUUUGACUAUCGCAAAAAAACCAUUCGCAUGUUGGUUUCCACUAGAAAAUAUUUAUUAGCAAUACCAAUUAUUACAAAAAAAAUAUAUAAAAAUUGUUAGCAUA